UUCCACAUUGGAAAAAAUGGCUUCGUGACCUAAAAUAGUAUUUAUUCUAUCAUUCAUUAAAGUAUUUGCCGGCACGCUACAUAUUGUUGGCUCCAAUAAUAAAUUAUCGUUAUAUGCUAGAACUGAAUAGUUUAGUGGAGAGAAUCAAUCAAACCCGGUUACGGGUUGGGGCAGUAAAGUUUCCAGGCGAUAUCGUCAUUUAGCCAGUUUGCCAAUAUUGUAUUCAGUUGCAUACAUACGGUCGCAAGUCAAAUAAAUCAAGAACUUUUCGCCAGAAUACAGCAAGUAACAAGCUCAACAGUUCGAGUCGGGCUAUAAGCCCAAAGCUUUGCGCAAUUGGGAAGUACCGAAAUUGCACCCGACAACUCCACGCAGAAGGACUGGAAAGACGCGAACCAUUGCCAAUGACCGUGGGCAUAUAUCGGUGAAUUUAAAAAAAUCCCAUGUACCUGAAUCGAUCAGCAACCAGAGACUCCCUGAAUGCUUCGGUAAGGGAGAGUUAGAGCAGAACACCACUAGCUACGGAAAGUUGCAGGAAAUGUUCAUGUUUCUGAUGGUUUCAGGUAGUGGUGCAAGCAACAUCAAUAAUGGCGAAGCAAAUGUUACUAACAACCAGGUGGACGACUCUACUCUAAAGGCGUCCCCGUACGUGCCGGGCGAUUUAACGGAACCCCAUCAUCGUCCGCCCAGCUACCAUGAGCUAAGCCAGGAUAGGUUUCCUCAGCCAUCGCCCGACCCCCCCAAGCGCUACCCGCUCUACCGGGACGAUUUCUCCCAACUACCUCCUCUAGAAGAUGGGCCGAGCCCAACCAACAAGGUAAUGGUCACUUCGCCAACCCCAAACGACCGGGACAGCGCCAAGACGAACCGCAUUCUCUCGCCCAUAAUCAGCGCCAUCUCCAACUUCAACCUGGCGAAGAGGCUGCACAAGGAAAACCUGGAGCACAACCCUCUGCCUGACACUAUCACCGAUUCGAUCUAUCGCAAGCUGCAGAUGCAGCGAAUCCUCGGGCCGGAUCCAGGCCUAAGUUUGGAGAACGAGCAUUAUGCGUGUGGAGUAGGUUGGAAGGGAUAUCCGGGUUUCGGGCCGAACAGAUGCACUAAGAUGAAGGUGUUCCGACCCCAAACGUGCGCGCAGCACCACAAAAAAGACCGAGACGAAGACAGGCCGGGCAGUAGCGGCAGCUUCGAGCGCAAAUGGCGUUUCAUUCGGCAAAACAAGGUAAAUCCUAUUGAUUUGGCAAUUUGCUGGGACUUGAAUCCGGUGGAUCCGGAGGAUGAGCCGAAGCCCCCAGUGCAUAUUGACGGCUCAAAUGGCUCUCAGGCGCCUGCCGUGUUUUCGCUAGUGCACACGCCCAAAGAAGAGACUGACAAUGUGCAAAAAUGCGAUGGGGUGCACGGGUGCGGCCCCAUCUUUGAUCACGGAGCGGGGGCUCGGCAGGAAAAGGACUUUGUCUUUGAUAGACCGCGCACUUGUGCGUCGAGGCAAAUGGGUUCGAAGACAAAGCAGAAACGCUCAAAAAGCGCCCAUGACGAUGCGGAGAAGACACUUAAGAGCAGAGAGGCAGUGAGCGUGAGCACCCCAAACUUGUGUAAGCCUGUGAAUUGCACACAGCACUCCUGCAAGAAACUGGGAGGCCGCUUGUGUGUCGCCUGCGAGCUAAAACACUUGCCCGGCGAGAGAAAAGCCAAAACCGAGUAUAAGUUGGCGUUCAAAGCGGGCGUGCCGCAGAAACACGUAAGUAGGACUUGGUGUCGCCAAUCUAAUCACGUACCUAAACCAACACUUCCAUAUAGAUCCAGGAACUACGCAAUCCAUAGUCUAGCUCCACCUUUUUCUUUCCAGAAGCAUAAACGCGACGAUUAUCCGGAGCAUUGGCGUCUGGCUACCGUCUACCAACAUUCAUAUAAACCGCUUCAUGCCCGAAAACGAUCCCUGUUGCAAACCGUCUAUAAGUAAACCACUGUCACUAGCCAUGCUCUCAUAAGAACCUUCAAUAAACCACUCCUUAGUACCGGAAUUAGUAAAGCGAUUAGUAGCAUAAUUAGUUCAUAUUGAACAUUGAGUGAGGCUCGUAUUAGAACCAGUCAUGAAAAGCCACAAUAAAUAAAUAAAACAUG